CCAUGGUGAAAAAGUUCGGGUCGUCGCUCGGGUCCACCGCCUGGCUGUAGCCUCGGUGCCGCAGCAGGGAGGAGGCCGGGAGGAGCGUGUCCGCGGCGGGGUACAGACCCCCCGCUCCCCGGGUCAGCAGUCCUCCGAGCAGGGCUCAUGGAUGAACGUCCAAAGAUCCACAUCUUUCUGGGAGCUCCUCCUCCUGCCUCCAUCUUAGCUUCAGACGCUGGGACGGAGGAAGAGGAGCGUCCUCCUGCAGGAUGGAGACACCUGCAGCUCACCUGGAGGGGGGGGCGCCUCAAAGCUGCAGCAGAUGUUCCUGGGAAUGAAGCCGAAAUCUCCCGGUUCUACUCUGGGAAUGAGGAUCCUGAAGCGUCCAAUCAGGGUUUAGAUAAAACAGAGGAUCCAACAGAACCAGAAUCUGAUGGGACCACAGAGUGGAAGGAAGGACGAUGGAACACAGACGGAGGAUCAGCGUGUGAAAGAGGAGGUCUGAGGUCAGAGGUCGACCCGGAUGGUGCCGAGGAGGAUCAGUGUUCUGCUUCGGUCCAAGACUAUCUGGACGGCUGUUUCCCUGCAGCUCAACCAGAACCAGACUCCAGACCGCAGCCUACACCCCCUCCUCCGUCCACCAGAACCCAGUACCUCAGCACCUGGACUCUGAGUCAGGCCCUGAUGCUGAGAGGCAGACAUGGCGUCCAAUCAGCAUCCAGCCCUGAGAAAACCCCGCCCCCUGUCUCCUCCAGCACACCUGAGCUCUUCAGCCCAACCGCCUCCUCUCCUGGAGCCUCCAUGGAGCUCUUUAGCCCAGUCUGUGUCUCUCAGAGGGUGGAGCAAGGCGGAGUCAUCAUGGAGGCCACUGCUGAAGGUGUCCUCUGUUCUCAGGAGUCCAGAGCCCCCCAGGACUCCCCAACAAGGCCCCCCUGCAGCAAGAAGCCCAAACCCUCUGAGGAUUCAAAAGCUGCAGGAGGCCAGAGCUCCUCCUCCACCUUCGCUGCUCCGCUGCAGAGUCUGACCACCCCUCUGGACCGGUGCCUCCGGCUGGGUCUCAGGUUCUCUGUCCUGGUGGUAGUGGUCCACCCGUGUCAUCUGAAGGAGGUCCAGGUGAAGUCCGGACCUUCAGCUGGAGCGUUUGUUCCUCUAGCGUCCAUCGUGGUGACGGACCAAUCAGGAGCAGAGAUGAAGGUGGUGCUGUGGAGGAGAGCGGCCUUCUGGGUGCUGACGGUGAAUCCUGGGGACGUCCUGCUCAUCACAGGGCUGCAGGUGAACGAGGACAAGUGGAGAGGAGAGACCGUCCUACAGUCCACCUUCUCCAGCAAACUGUUGAACCUGGGUCACGCGUCACAGCCAGCGCUGACAGCAGCCAAUCAGAGGCCUCCCUCUCUAGCUACCCAGCAUGUUAGCGCUCGCUCGCUCUCCUCUCUGUGUCAGUUUAUCAGAGAGCGGCGCCCCCUGCUGGUGUCUCUGCCAAGCCGCGCCCCGCAGGACCUCAACCGGCUGCCUUAUGUCACCCUGAGGACGAUGCGGGUCAACACUCUGGUUCACGUUCUUCUACGUGUCAAACACUCACAGCUCAGCCCAGGGUGGAGGAAUGAGGCUGAGUCGCGCAGUCGCUCUGCUGUCCAGCUGAAGACAGUUCUGACUGUGGAGCAGCCGGACGGUCAGCAGGGGGUGCUGUUGCUGUGGGGAGCAGCCAUGGACUGGCUGCCCCGCCUCCAGAGACACAGAGAAGCUGUUUGGGACUUUAGGGUCCUCCUGGUGAGGGAGGGGUUGACCUCUGACCUCUUGGAGCUACACUCCACCCCCUGGAGCCUGGUCCGGGUUCUGGAUCCACGGGAUCCCCGGGCGCUGGACUUCGACCGGGCCUGGCGCCGUCAGAAGGGAAGCAGCGUUCCUCUGGAGUUGGACCUGGACACCAUGUUGUCCCAGAAGUACAGCGGUGAGGUGGAGCUCAGAGUCCAGGUCCUCAGCUUCCAGUUCCAGGAGGCCCCGCCCUCCCAGAACCCGCCCCAACCGGUUCUGGACAGCUCCACACCAUUGGACGCCAUCCUGACGGCGCUUGGCGAUGAUGUCACCUACACGGGCUGCGCCCGCUGCUCCACUGAGCUCGACACGGACGAGAACGGGAUCUACGCCACCUGCUACCCCUGCCUGCCGCACACUGCCGUGCGCCGCUUCUACAGGUCAGCCGUGGUGACGGUCAGCAGGCCGGGCUGCGCUCUCCUGGGUGUCCGGGUUCCUCCAGUUCCUCUGCAGAAGAUCCUCCAAGCUCCACCAGACCGGCUCCACCGGAGCUCAGCUCCAGGUUCUCCGGUGAGGAACAUCCAGGUGGCAGCAGAGAAGAUCCAGACCCUCCUGUCUCUUCCCAAGAAAACCUUCAUCAUCAUCAUUCGCAGCCACUUCCUGUGCGACGAGAACAGCGUCCCCAUCAGUCAGGACUUCACUCUGCUGGACCUCCGGUUCCCGGGUCCAUAAAGGCCCCAGCAAGACCAGGUUCUGGUUCUGAUGGUCUCUGGAGGUUCUUCUGCCUGCUGACCAGAGGAAGAGCAGGAUGAGGAGGAUGAAGGAUUUGGAGGAGUUCUGGUGACAUCAUGAAGCUGAAGAUGAAAAUAUUUUGUUUGAUUGUUCUGUUCCUUGGAGGGUUCUGUUGGUUCUGAGUUGUGUUAAAACCCGUCUAGGGAUGCAAAGAUCCAUCCCCUUCAGAUCCCAAGCAGCCAAAACAUACAUUUGAACAUUUUAUGAUAUUUAUUUUAAAAAAAAAGUAUUUUUGAAAUAAAUGUUACAAAUGGAGUAAUGACUUCAGAGAGAUCUAACGCCGAAAACAACAAACAAAAGGAA